AUGUACCCGUGGGUGCACCUACCCGAACUUCCGGACGGUGAACUCGAUCAGAUAUUCCGAGUGACAAAGGCGAAUUUGAAAUCUGGUAGGAGUGCGAGCAGACUAAGAAGAGUGCAAUCCAGUGGGGGCAAGAGAGGAAGGAGGCCCUCUAGAGUUGAUCGUGAUGCCAAGUUGGAGAGGAGCAGACAAAGUGCACGAGAAUGCCGUGCACGGAAGAAGCAGAAAUACCAGCUGCUAGAAGAGACUGUUGCAGAAAAGGAGAAACGGAUAGUAGCACUUAGAGAGAAACUUGAAAAGUACAAGAACUUUUGUCAGCUGAUGGACAAUGAAGAGAUUCCAGUCGACAUUCACCGGACCCUGCAGGCAGAUGAAGCUCAAGCUGUCAAAGAAACAGAAGCAGCGAUGCGACCUGGCACAUCAAAGAGUAAUGGUCACCAGCCAGGAAUGAAACCCGUUCUUGAUUCCAGCAGUGAUGAGGACUUAGACUGAGCAAUGAUUGACCCCUCGUUAGGUGGGCCAUGAUUGACAAUACUGCAGUGAUAGAUGAUGUUAACUUUCCAACCUGCACCAGAGGUCAUGGUCUGAUUUCACAAAGCCUCUUUAUCACCAACUAACGCUAUUAUUCUUGGACAAAGCAGCUCAUAGUAUUUUAUGAAGCAGGACCCUCUUGACUCUUGUAGAUGAGAUCAAGUCAUGGAGUGUUGGUCUGGAUGAAUGCAAUUAUUUAAAUAGCCGAGAAAGAUGUUAAGGAUAUAAAUUCAUGUAUAUAUGUGCCCUUUCAAGUGUAUAAAAAUGUGACAUUAGGUGAUAAAAAAGAGAGAGAGAAAGAAAGAGGGUGUGAAAGAGAGAGAGAUGGGGGCAAUAGACAGGACAGAGAGAUUUCAAUUUGAGCACAUGGAGGGUUUCCAGGUGAUGUUACAUGUAUGACGGAGGACAAAACAAUAUAUGACACCUGUGCAUUACAUGUAGAUCAUAUAAUCAAUGAUUUAUCACUUUGAUGUACAUUUUUUAUUGAUAUUCCUAGAACAUGGCUGCCCAUGGAAAUCUAGGACUGUGUCAGACCGACUGGUCCACUGAGGAAUGACGGAUGCUGCCAGUCACUGGUGCCAUUUCUUCUAGACCGGUAGACCACUAAGAUAAAGAAAAAACAAUUUCAGUGUCACUAAAGAUUAUGAAUAUCAACAACUUUAUUUCAUUCUCUAGAUCUUUACAUCCAGUUUUCACAUGAUACCAUAUUCACACCAUAGCUUUGACUGACUGACUUAGGUGCAUAGGACGGUAUGUUCCUUCGCUCUCCUAUGGGUGAUCCUUUUCCAUUCAGUUCUACCCUGGGCUAGGUCUUCAGCAUCCAGUAGAGGGAGACCCACAUCUCCUCUGACUUGGUCCCUCCAUCUGGAAGAGGGACGUCCUGGUGGUCUCCUCUUGUCAAAGUCAUUUCUGUACGCCUGAACUGGAAAGCGGUUUUGUGACAUACGGCAUAUGUGCCCAAACCACCUCAGGCGUUAUUUUGUAGCUUCCUCACAUAGCUUUACUUUGAUUGAUUAAAGGUUUGAAAUUUAUACAUAUAGCAUAUGUCUUUGACUUGUUGUUAUUCCUUCGCGACUCUGCAGUGGAGUAACGAAGAGUAGCAAACACAAGAAUCCAUAUUGCUGUGCCCAUGCAACAGGAUUAUGUUUCCGACCAAUAAAUUCAAGUGAGAAAAUUGAGAUUCCCUGCUCGGUAUGCUUCCAAAGCCUUACUUUGAUUGAUUAAAGGUUUGAAAUUUAUAUACGUGUGAUCUAGAUAAGAAAAUAUCUUCAUUGUCUUUGGUGACAUGAAAUUUCUUGUGUGUAUUUCAUUUGUCUCCACUGAAAAAUCACCAGAAGUCACUGGUAAAAAGUCCCUAAUGAUUUAGCCUUAAUAAACACUAUCCUAGGUUUUUAAACCUUGUUUUUUUGUGUGUUUACUGUGUGUUGUAUAAUUUAGAGGUCCCUAGUCUGAAAUGAGGGACACAGUGAUAAACAAAAUUACACUGUACUUACACUGUAUUGAGCCCAUAAUCCAUAUAUUUUUUCUGAAGAAACCACAAAAUCAAUUCUGCUAAAAAAUUUCAACUACAUCUUUUUCUGUUUUUUGUCUCACCUGCAUAGCAGAGUGAGACUAUAUAGGCGCCGCUUUUCCGAUGGCGGCGGCAUCAACACCAAAUCUUAACUGAAGGUUAAGUUUUUCAAAUGACAGCAUAACUUGGAAAGUAUAUGGACCUAGUUCAUGAAACUUAGCCAUAAGGUCAAUCAAGUAUUACUGAACAUUCUGCCUGAGUUUCAGGUCACAUGACCAAGGUCAAAGGUCAUUUAGGGUCAAUGAACUUAGACCAUGUUGGGGGAAUCAACAUCAAAUCUUAAACUAAGGUUUAGUUUCUGAAAUGUCAUCAUAACUUAGAAAAUAUAUGGACCUAGUUCAUGAAACUUGGACAUAAGGGGCCUGUUGCAUAAAACUUUUUACCUGAGAAAACUGGUAAAAACUGAAAACUAAGGGUAGUCUGAUUUCUGCCAUUGACUUUUACACAGGGCAAAAACUCCGGUAAAAACAACCUGAGUUUUCUCAGGUAAAAAGUUUUAUGCAACGGGCCCAAAGUUAACCAAGUAUUACUGAACAUUCUGGUUGAGUUUCACGUCACAUGACCAAGGUCAAAGGUCAUUUAGGGUCAAUGAACUUUGGCCAUGUGGGGGGGUAUCUGUUGAAUUACCAUCAUAACUUUGAAAGUUUAUGGAUCUGAUUCAUGAAACUUGGACAUAUGAGUAAUCAAGUAUCUUUGAAGAUCCCGUCUGAGUUUCAGGUCACAUGAUCAAGGUCAAAGGUCAUUUAGGGUCAAUGAACUUCAGCCAUAUUGAAGGUAUUUGUUGAAUUACCAUCAUAUUUCUUUAAGUGUAUUGGUCUAGUUCGUAAAACGUGGACAUAAGAGUAACCAAGUAUCACUGAACAUCUUGUGCGGGUUUCAGGUCACAUGACCAACGUCAAAGGUCAAUGGACUUUGGCCAUGUGGGGGUAUCUGUUGAAUUACCAUCAUAACUUUGAAAGUUUAUGGAUCUGAUUCAUGAAAUUUGGACAUAAGAGUAAUCAAGUAUCUUUGAAGAUCCUGUCUGAGUUUCAGGUCACAUGACCAAGGUUUGUCAUUUAAGGUCAAUAAACUUUGGCCAUAUUGGGGUUAUUUGUUGAAUUACCAUCAUAUCUCUGUAAGUGUAUUGGUCUAGUAACCUAGUUCAUAAAAUGUGGACAUAAGAGUAACCAAGUAUCACUGAACAUCUCAUGCUAGUUUCAGGUCACAUGACCUAAGUCAAAGGUCAUUUAAGGUCAUUGAACUUUGGUCAUUUUAGUGGUAAUUAUUAAAUUGCUGUCAUAACUUUCAAAGUUUAUAGAUACAGUGUAUAAAAUGUGGAUAUAAGGGUAAUCAAGUAUAUCACUGACAAGUUUUAAGUCACAUGAUCAAGGUCAAAUGUCAAUGAACGUAGUAUUGUAUCAUUAUGUGAAUGGUGUUUUUAUGAAUAAUUAUUAGUAGUUUUCAAAGUCAGCACUGCUGCUAUAUUGAAUCGUGUGAUGCAGGUGAGACAGCCAGAGGCAUUCCACUUGUUUCUAUUCAGGAUCUAACUUAUAUGGAGUCAGUUGUAUUUUAGGUCUAAAAGCAAAUCUCGAAAGUGUCUACUCUCCCAAUACAUUAUCUCGUUCUUUAAUAACCAAAUAGUAAAGUGCAAACGUCAGUGCCAGUUGGCUGUUAUAUUUGUAUUCAAAUUAGGGUAAUGUUGAAAUAAUUAAUGAUGAAAUAUGCGUUGAAAAUCUAUUUAUUGAAAAGAACUCGAUUCUCAAGUAUAUUUAAUACGCAUCUGAUACUUCACGUUUUUCAGAUUAGAUUAGUAGUCUUAUACAGAUUACAUUAAUAAUGAUCCUGUCAGAAUUAAUUUGCAAUGUAUUCAGCUCAUAUUUUCUCAUCAACCCAAACAUUAUCCUGGAAAGGUGUUACACUCAAUGUAUAACUGCUUGAUGACAUUUAGUUGAAAUGAAAAUGAAUAACCAAAGAGGGUGUACCUAUUAUUCUCUAAAUGAUAACAAAACAGUAAAUUAAAGGCCCCAAAAUUUAAGACCUAAAGAAGCUACUGCAAAUUCAGUAUUGUGUGUAGAUGAAAUUAACAUCCUGUGUGCAAAAUAUUAUAUUAAUAUGAAUGGAACAUGAUGAAUCAUGAAUUUGUUUAGUUUGAUAUAGAGAUAUACAACAGUUUUACAUUUGUCAAUCUUAAAUAUCCAUGCCAAUUCCAUUUUAUUACUCUCUAAAUAAUAAUGAUAAUAACAAUGGUGACGAUGAUGAUUAUAACAACAACAACAAUAAUAACGAUGAUAAUAUUGAUAAUAAUCAUAAUAUUCAUAAUGAUUAUAAUGAUUAUAAUAAUAAUAAGAUGAAGAAGAAUGAUGCUUAUGGCUUUUAACUUAUUUAUUUCAUCGAAGGCCUCUGAGUGUUCUUCAUGUAUGUGGUGUUAUUGCCCUGGCUUUAGCAGACCAGCUGCUAUGUGCAAAGUAUGGAAUGGUUGUACAGUACACAUUUUGGAAGGUUUCUUGUAUCAUGGUAUAAUCAAGACAGCUUAUUUGAUGAUUCGAUGUAGAUUUCAGAUGACUCCAAGUUGAGACAAUAUAUUUGUUGUAUUUAAUGAAAAUAAUUACAGAGGACCAUAUUGGUUAUCAAAAUAAAAUAUAUUUAACGGAAAUAUAAGUGUU